AUGGAGCAGCUUGUGAAUGAGCAUUCAGACUCGGAUAUCAGAUACAGCUUCCUGAGCACUUUGGAUCAUUUACCGUGCGAACUAAUUAGGUCCUUACGUUUGAUGCAGACCAUCGACCUAUCCAAAAAUGCUCGGAAUCAACAUGACCUGGAGAAGGCCUCUGCAAAUCUGUUGCUAGUAGCCAACUAUAUAGAGAAUUUGGUCGACGAUCAGAUUCGUCUCUUGACACAUCAUCGGAGAGAAUGGGAAGUGCAGAAAUCAGUGACAAAAACUUUUAAUACUUCCGUAAACAAUAUCAGAUCAAAGUUGUUAUUGGAGGAGCCGAGAGCCUACAAAGAGCCCAAGCUGCUGUUAAAGAUUGACUUGAAGAAGGUCAAAUCAAGGGAAAGGAAAGAAGGCAUAACAAGCCCUAAAAUUGGGAAUGCCCGCAGAGACGGUACUGAGAGUAAGAAUAACCAAGAAGAGGUCUACUGCUUUUGUAGAAACGUAUCGUAUGGGGCUAUGGUGGCUUGUGACAAUGUAGAUUGCCCCUUUGAGUGGUUUCAUUACGGAUGCGUAAAUCUGAAACAGGCACCUAGGGGUAGGUGGUUUUGUAGCGAAGAUUGUAGAGAAAUAGCGGAGCAGAAAUCAAAAUUAAAGCGGCAAAAGAAAAGAAAGUGA